AUGGACCUAAAGAUUCUGUCCGUCAUUUCUAUAUCGAUAGCUUUGGUUUCUCUCCUAUGUAUUAAGUCAACAUGGGCAUCUUAUGGAGGCGGGAGUUGUGGUCCAGUUCCUGCAGCGGCCCCUGGAGCGUCCACUUUGUGUACAGCAGCAGAGAACGGGUUCUGUCUCCUAGAUACUAUCGACUUUGACAAGAAACUCACUACCGGAGUUUGCUAUUGCAACCCAGGUUUUACGGGGGAAAAGUGUCAAAUUCUUUUUCUUUUUUUAGCUCCGACAUCAACAACAACUACCUCCUCAAGUGGAAAGAACGCAAUCCUGGCUCUAGCACUAGGUGGCGCUUUGGCUUAUUUAUUAAGUAAAGGUUUUGAUGGAACAUAUGGCUACCCGGGAUCUAGUGGUGGUUACGGGGCAUCAAAUAUCGGUCUUUAUCCUGCAACUAAAGGCUACACUGGAUCUGGUCUCUACUCGGGAUCUAAUAUCUACGGAGGUUACGGUACUGGACUCGGAUAUCAAGCUGCUUACUCCCCUCAAGAAAUGUUAUACUUUAACAAGCACUAGAGAAAUAUACUGAUGUA